GGAGCCGGCAGCGUGACCGGCCGCCGGGUGAGGAGACUCUGGGGCUGAGCAGGUGAAGGGCUCUGCAGGGGCCGAGGUGUGUGCUGCCACUCUCCCUGCUCUCCUUUGGAUCCAGCUUGCCUGGCGUGCGGUAUCUAUAGAUGCCUCUGUACUGCCCUGUCUGGCUGUGCAGAAGAAAAGUCCAGAGAGCCCUGUGUGGUAUGUGGCCGUGGCUGGACUCUUGAUGAUGCUGUGUUUUUCAACGAGGGUGGAGCAGAAGCUGGACUUCAGUUGGUUGCCCUACGCCCUGUGAAGGAGCAGUCAUGUCGGUGAUGGUGGUGAGGAAGAAGGCGAUGCGGAAAUGGGAGAAGCUGCCAGGCAGGAACACCUUCUGUUGCGAUGGUCGCAUCAUGAUGGCCCGGCAGAAGGGCAUCUUCUACCUGACGCUCUUCUUAAUUCUUGGCACCUGUGCCCUCUUCUUUGCUUUUGAGUGUCGCUACCUGGCAGUUCAGCUGUCUCCAGCCAUCCCUGUCUUUGCAGUAGUUCUUUUCCUGUUCGCGAUGGCCAUGCUCCUGCGGACAAGUUUCAGUGAUCCUGGUGUGAUCCCCAGAGCCCUGCCUGAUGAGGCAGCCUUCAUUGAAAUGGAGAUUGAGGCCACCAAUGGAACUGUGCCUCAGGGUCAGCGCCCGCCCCCGCGUAUCAAAAACUUCCAGAUCAACAACCAGAUAGUGAAGCUGAAGUACUGUUAUACGUGCAAGAUAUUCCGCCCCCCCCGUGCCUCGCACUGCAGCAUCUGCGACAAUUGUGUGGAGCGCUUUGACCAUCACUGCCCCUGGGUUGGGAACUGCGUGGGGAAGAGGAACUACCGCUACUUCUACCUCUUCAUCCUCUCGCUCUCGCUCCUCACCAUCUACAUCUUCACCUUCAACAUUGUCUACGUGGCGCUCAAGUCCAUGAAGAUUGGCUUCCUGAACACGUUGAAAGAGACCCCUGGAACGGUACUGGAGGUGCUUAUCUGUUUCUUCACCCUCUGGUCAGUGGUGGGGUUAACUGGAUUCCACACCUUCCUGGUGGCUCUGAACCAGACGACCAACGAAGACAUUAAGGGGGCGUGGACUGGGAAGAACCGGGUGCAGAAUCCCUAUAGCCAUGGGAACAUUGUGAAGAACUGCUGUGAAGUGCUGUGUGGGCCCCUGCCCCCCAGUGUUCUGGACAGACGGGGCAUCUUGCAGCAGGAGGAGAGCGGUGCGCAGGGGGAGAGCAGCACUCGGGGGCCCAGCACUCAGGAGCCCAGCAUGCCGGAGAAGAGCAGCACUCAGGAGCCCAGUGCUGCUCAGGCGCUUGGUGCGGAGGUAGUGGGCAGCGUUCAGGAGGGCAGCAGCAGCCCCACACGUCAAAGUGCAGUCCCCAUGCUGCCGCUGAGCUCCACUGGGAUGCCGGAGGAGACUCAGCCUUCUGCUGUGGAGCUCCCAGCACAGCCCCGGGACGAUGGGCCAACCGAGCACUAA